GCAGAAAAGCUCGCGGAGCCGGUGCUCGGACCGUGUUAAUGAGUUCAGCUGCCGAUGAAGAAUAAGGCUGCGAUUCAUAUAAAAACCAGAAUAUAUCAUCCAACAGACAAUAUCUUAUAUUAAUACAAUGAGUGGCUAUCUAGUACCUAUCAAAAUUAUGCCAGAAGAGACAAACUAGAACUACUUAGUAGGCAAAAUGUCGCUCACAAAAAUCGUCACACCCCCUGACACGGCUCGCAUGCGGGAGACGGCUAACCCUCAGUCGGGCUCAAUACUCUUCGGGGGACUGCCUUUGGAAAUUCGAGACAUGAUAUAUGUCGAGUGCUGGAAAGUAUCCGGACUUAAUCAGCAUAUCUUCAUCCGUGCUGGGCGUCUAACACACUGGCCAUGCGCGUUAUCAUCCGACGAGGUGGAUGAAAGACCCGACGAGCUUCAGCGGAUGCUCGAAGCCCAGGAAACCCAACGGAGGUCACGUACACGUUCUCUAAAAUUAGAUGACAAAUGGACUAGAAGGUUUUCAUCUCCAUGGCACAAUCAUUGGCGGUGCGAGGAAGAGAUGGAGAUGAUGACUAACGAGAGGACUGGUCUUGAUCAUCUACCACGCCCCAAUCGCACUCUUUUCUUGCCCAUCCUACUAGCCUGCAAGAGAACAUAUCUCGAAUCUCGCCCCAGCCUCUACGCCAUGAUAACCCCAAUAUUCACCUCCCUACCAGCCGCCCACGCCUUCUCAACCCUCUCCCCUAAAACCGUAUCCUCACAACUCCAUUCCCUCUCCUUCUCCUUAGCCCUCCCCAUCGAAACCCUCCACCAGCACCAUCAACAAACCCACCCCACCGACCCCCCUGGCCCCUGGGCCGACCUAUGCACCCAUCUCUCCAACCUAGUCCGCUUCGCCGCCCUCCGCGACGUAACCCUCCGUCUCGCCGUCUCCGCUACGGAUACCACCACCGACUACAUCAACCGCAGAAACGACGACACCGACUCCAUAAUCAAAGUCGCAAUCGGCCCCACGUGGCGCGACCUCCCCUCGUGGCCAUCCGUUCGUGAACGCUGGGCCCUUAGCGCCGUACGCGGGUUACUCGCUAGACGGCUGGUCGUGCAGCUGCCGCUUGUGACGCCGACGUAUAGGUAUCCGGAGUGGGUGCGGCAGUUCCAGUAUCUGGAAGAUGAUGCGAGGGGUGUGCCGUUUCGGCGGUUGGAGAGGUAUACGGCGUUGCCGGCUAUGCGGUUGCGGAAAGAUGUGGGGAUUGGUUCGCGUGGAGAUGGGAGCGAGUUUAUGGGAGGUGGGGAGAAGGGGAGGGGGGAGACGAGGUUGCAGAGGACGAGGAGGAGUGUGAGGAGAUUGGUUGGGGGGUUGAAGUCAGGUUAGAGUCUGCCUGGAUGUCUUUGAUGAAUUCAUACUCUACAGUCCUAUGAUCCUCGGAGCUCGCAUGUAACAUGCAUUUAUAACAUCACGGAAAUAUAUUGAUACCCAGUACGUUCACGUCCAUGGCCCGUUUAGAUAUUACCUACUACUAGUUGCUUCACUAGAUUUCAAUGGCCCUUUGAGUGCCGCUUCAUCGUAUUUUAGCCCCUUUACCAUUAGCCUCCCUGAAUUUAGCUUCCUUUUCCUCUAUCUUGCGCUUCUCUUCCGCAACAAAACCCGCGACUAGGGUUACGGCUCGCAUGGGGGC